GCUAUAGAGUUAGCCUUUUGCGUGGCAUAUCAACGAACGACAAGGGCAAACUGAUAUGGGUCGAUUCGCUAGAAUCGUUGAAGCUAUUUGUCGAAGAAGUUUUGAAUAUCGCUAACGGCAUUUGGAUUUGUCCUGGCGGCGAGGCGAAGCAGUUUAAGAGCAAAGACUUAGACAUUCGCUGGUAUCCUACGACAAAAUCAAUCACUGUGAGCGGAAAUCUAGAGAACGAAAUCAAAGAAAAGCUUCAUUCUCUAGCUUCUAUAUCAAAACAACUGCUGGUAAAUGCUGAAAAUUUGGGUGUAGAUGAAACAACGCCUCCGCAAAAUGCUUCGUUAAAGAAUAUUAAUGACUUCAUGGUAAAUUCGAAUUUGGCGGGAGUUGAUGUGUUAGAUUUGCAGGACUCUCGCGCUAUCAGCCUAUCCGACAACGACACAACAAAUGGAAGUUUUCAGGCCUGUGAAGAAAGCGUUUCAUGCAAUGAAGAGAGUGUGAUUCAAAAUGUCAUUAAACGUUUGGAUUCAUUAACGCGCCAAUUCGAAAACCACCGAACUGAGACGUCUGUUGUUCUAAACGAACUUGUUAAUAUAUAUGAAAAUCAAAAAAGUCCGACGGCAACUGAAAACCUUACUAAGGAAAUAGAUUAUUAAAAGAAGAAAACAAGGCUCUUCAAACAGAGAUAACAAAAUGUAAAGAUACUUUAACCGAACUAAAUACAAAGCUGACGGAUACUGAAAGUGAGAAAUCAAGCCUCUUAACUGUUAUUAGGUUGCUGAAUGAAGAGCAAGCCACUGUAAUGUGUUCAAAUAAGGAUGAAUCUAGUCAAGCGCAACAAACACGGAGCUCAUGGCAAAUAGCUGGCCGCAAAACCACAAGUCAAAGUGUUGGUCACCAUAUAAAUUUGAGCAAUAAGUACUCUACCUUGCAAAUUGAAGACGACGAUGAGGCAGUAAUGAGCGGUGACGCUGGAAAUAAUCAAACCGUAGUUCCCAAGAUGACUCCAACUAUAGAUCACGAAAAGAAAAGACGAUUGAAAAACACCCUAAGAAAUAUCCAAGACACAAAGCAAAAUUCCUUACCAACCAGCAACCAACGUGAUACUAUCCAACCGAAGAAACAACAAUGUGAUGUAGCUUUUGUGGGUGACUCCAUGAUUAAGCAUGUUGAUGUCCGAAAACUUCGUCAUGGCACAAACAAACAGGUAACUGUUCGUACUUUUUCUGGGUGUAGAACCGACGAAAUGGCUCACUAUAUAAAGCCGACACUUGCUUUAAAACCGAAGCAAGUUAUUAUUCAUGUUGGGACGAAUGAUCUCAAAACGAAAUCACCGGCUGAAAUUAUUUACAACUUAAAAAACCUGGGCAAUCAGGCAAAACAAGAAAACCCCCGCACUGGUGUCUCACUCUCACAGAUAAUAAUUAGAAGUGAUGACACAAGAUUACAAAAUAAAUUAGUUGAAGUCAACAAAUGCAUACAAGAUCUUUGCGAACAAGAGAACUGGGGUCUUAUUGACAACAGUAAUAUCAGUAAUAUGCAUUUGAAUCCGUAUGGACUACACUUAAACAAACGUGGCUCUGCUCUAUUAGCAAAAAAUAUCAAAUUGCAUAUAACUAGCAAUAUAGAUAACUAUUGA